AUGACGAUUGCCAUCGAUCGGGUGCGAUUUUUGCCCCAAUUCCUCACCACUAACGAUUUCUACAGGAAAACCGCCCAGGACCGCAAUCGAGAAGACACGGCGCUUGCAUCGCCGCCCAGGUCAAAGCAAACCCCAUACGUAUCCCCUCCCCUCGUCCUUUUUUUAUUUUUCAUUUCUAUUCUAGUGCCGAGCGCGUGUUCCGACGACUCGACCCCUGCUCAGCCCAUGCUCACUUCCGCUACCCAACGCCACCAGGCUGCCAAACCACGUGGUGGCCCCAAUGAAACCAAUGAUGACAACCACCCCCUCCAAGAUACAAACAGCGAUGACAUGAACGGACCCAACAAAGACGAAGAACCAAACAAAGACCAAGAAACCGAAGACACCCAGCAUGACAACGACAACAACAACAACCAGCACGACGAACAGGACGACGAACGGCACGACGAACAACACGACGAACGGCAUGACAACACCGGGAGUGCCACCUGUCCACACACCAAGCGUGCCCAUGUCAGCACCAACACCCCCAGCACCAAUGCUGCCACGCGUCAGCGGGCCACGCCCACCAACGCCAGUACCAACACCCCCAGCACCAACACCGCCACACGUCAGCGCGAUGUGCGCGCCAACAUAAUCAACACAACCCCACACCAGCGUGUCGCGCCUGCCAACGUCAACACCAGCACCAUCAGCACCAAUGUGGCCACACGUCAGCAUGCCGCGUCCACCACGUGCAUGGUCAUGGGGAAGCCCAACACUAACGUAGAUAGCCAACGUAAUGCAGAUAAGAACAACACAGAUACAGUUAUGGCUAGUCCACCAAAAGGGACAAUUCCUGCAUAUGGCUCAUCACGUUCGACUGGUGGAAUCUUCCGGGGAAAAGCUCUGGGCAAUUCCAUUAACAUCGGUGAUGCUGUUGAAGUCUGGGAGGAGAUGGAUGUUUUUAGAGAGGGUCUAGCUCAGAAACCAGUCAAGGGAAAGAUUCACUUCUACAUCUCAAACCUCAAUCCACCCGAUAUUGACAUCACCAAGUCCUCUUUUAUUGCCAAUGUCUCUGAUAUCAGCAAGUGUGAAACCAUUCAAGAUGUUAUUGGUUGUGGAUCCCGAGACUAUUCACCUAUUCGACAACCUGCCUAUCGCCUCUUCAAAUAUGAAGAAGAGGGCUGGAGUGUCCAAGGACACUAUGAAUCAAUCAUGAAGCGCAAACCAACAGAUGAAGACUAUGUAGAGUGGUUGGAUGAUGAGCAGAACAGAAAGAUUAUUCGUAUUUUGGGUGCUGUCUUGGUUCUAGCAUUGGGUCUCGUUCUGUAUCUGCACACUCUGGCUCUUGUGCAGGCUCUCGUAUCACAUCUGCUGGUCAUUCUUCAUCUACUGUCGAACAAGGUUCAUCUCUAG